UUCAGGAAGCGUUUUUUUAUGAACACGUCCACAAGGUCCUUGUGAAAGAGCCAUCAGCUGUCGUCGUGAGUUCCUCAGAAGCGUGCUCACACUUGUCACAGCAGCUGAUACAACAGAGAGAUAGCAGACAGUGUUUGAAGUUCAUUUAGACACGAGCAAUGCUGCAGAAAGCAGCAGCUAAGAAGUCUACAUGAAUAAAGAAGAAGAACAUCACUGGACAUCCUGGUUUUUCACUCUGGACGACAGUUUUCGUUGUUUAUGAUGACCACAGUGAGCAGAUCCAGGUUUCUUUACCACAGACUGAACAGUGAACUUAAACACAGGUUGUCCAUCUGCUCCCAGGCUUGGCAGAAUUCACCAAACAACACAACCUUCUUCAGCUGAGGGAAAACAAAGAUGGCUGGUUACCUUUGCACGAUGCUGCACACUACGGUCAAACGGAGUGCUUAAAGGUCCUAUUAAGGGCCCAUCCAGGGUCGGUAGACAAACGGACGCUGCAGGAGCAGACGGCGCUGCUGCUUGCUGUGACGCGUGAACACAUGCCUUGUGUGCAGUUCCUGUUAGAGUCAGGUGCCGACCCCGACAUCUGUAGCAACAACAAAGACACACCUUUGUACAGAGCGUGUGAACUGGAGAAAGUGGACAUGGUGGGCAUUCUUCUGUCGUUUGGAGCCAGCGUGAACCAGCGGUGUGGUCAGGGCUGGACGGCCCUCCACGAGGCCGUAUCCAGGGACAACACAGAAAUCUGUGAGACCCUCGUAAGAGCCGGAGCCACAAUCAACCCACCCAACACAUACAGCAUCGCCCCACUCACUCUAGCAGCUCAGCGAGGCCUGAUGAGGACCCUGUCUUACCUCAUCGACAAAGGUGCAGAUGUGAACAUGCACACCUGUGACGGUGUUACAGCUCUGCAUGAAGCUAGUAAAAAUGGCCACAAGGAAGCUGUAGCCCUGCUGCUAGCUAAAAACGCCGAUGCCAAUAAGCCCACUAAGUUAGGCCUACUGCCUUUGCAUGAAGCUGCCCAGCGUGGACACCACGAGAUUGUGUCCCUGCUCGUCUCGGUGACCAGUCGAGCCACACUCCGGCACAGUUGGAUCACCCCCCUCCACCUGGCUGCAGAGCAUGACAGACACGACGUGGCAGCCGUGCUGCUGAAGGCAGGCGUAGAUGUGAACGCCACUCUGGCUCACGGUCACUCCAUCCGGUACGCCGAUGGACGUGCCACUGCUCUGUAUUUCGCCGUUGCCAGUGGCGGCACCAAAACCGUGGAGGUUUUACUGAACGCUGGAGCCAACCUGAGUCUGGAUCCAAUCAGUCCGGUCCUGAUGGCUGCACGUCGAGGCUGCGUCGGCACCACGUCCCUUCUGCUGGAGCGAGGGGCGGAUGUGAAUGCCAGAAUUCCAUCUUUUCCAUCCACAUUCCCAGCAAUUGUUGCACUUUGCACAAACAACCUACCUCUACUCAAGUGUGUUCUGAAGAACGGCUGUGACGCGCUCUCCUGCUUUACCUGUGUGCACAGCGGCGCCCCUCACCCACCUUCAGAAGGGUUACAAAAUGACUGUCUCCUUCCUUUGAACUGCAACGGGACAACAGGGAGGACGAUCCAGUUCUGCGAGUGGAUCUCAACACCCGUCGUGUGCGAGCGAGUGGGACCGGUACUAGACCUGCUGCUGGAGCAUGUUGGACAUGUCCAGCUGUGCAGCAAGCUCACCCAACUUCUGGACAGCAGAGACGAAUGGCACGAUGUGAAGAGGAAGUCAUCGUCGCCACGUCCACUCCUGCACCUUUGUAGAGUGACGAUCCGCACUCAGAUGGGGAGGAACAGGCUGAGAUCUAUUGCAGGGUUACCUCUGCCAGACAGACUGAUAAGAUAUCUCAGUCUGGCUGACUGGAAUUAAAAAAGAACCUCAAGCAACAUCUCUCCAAAACAGGACUAAAAUUAUCUUUUUAUGUUUCUUUUUUUAGUUGCAUCUAAAGUCUGUAAAUGGCUCUCUUGUGUAUAAAUAUCUGCAACCAAGAA